AAAAAUGGCAUUAUCAAAUAUCAACGCAUUGCUGGACAGGCAAUUGAUAACAGGCGAAGAGAUCCAAAACGUAAUAAGGAAUUACAAGAAGGAUUCGCCUGAACGAAAACAACAGCCUGACUAUUUCCAAAAACGCAUUGAGAAGUUAGUUAAGCUGUGGGAAAUAUUUUUUAAAGAUGAUUUAACUAUAAAAAGUACAACAGAAGGUGCUAAAAUUGAGCACAGUUACUUUAAAAAUAAUUAUUUCAAUCAAAUAAGAGAUUUGGUUGUAUCCUACAAAGGAGAAUUCAACAAACAAUUAUCCACAGUACAAAUGGAUACUGGAUCGGUUGCUUCCAGUGAAGAAGAAUCGGAACUGGAGCCAAUGAUUCGGGAACAAAGGGCUCUGCUGAUUAGUCUGGAACGAAUCAUGAAUAAAAUGACGAAUGAAACUCGUCAAGGAUUUAUGCCAAUCAUAAAUCAGUAUUGGGAUAAGAUAACAACUAUCCACAUUGAAAUUUAUAAAAAAUUUGAGGAUCCUGCAAAACUUGGAUAUCUCGACCAGAGAUAUUUAGCAGCGGAAGACGCCGUCAUAGCAGUCCAAACUAUGACAUGUGAAGAAAGCAUCUCACGUCCUGCCAACAUACCUCAAAUGCAUGCCUCAUUGCCGUUGCCGAAAGUUGAAAUUCCCAAAUUUGAUGGGGACUAUUUAAAAUGGCAACAAUUUCAUGACAUUUUCAAGAAAAUGAUUCAUGAAGCAUCAUUACCCAUCAUUCAAAAGAUGUGGUACUUAAAAACUAGCAUCACUGGAGAGGCUGAGCGUUUAAUACGCCAUCUAUCCUUAACCGAAGGAAACUAUGCAACAGCAUGGAAUAUGCUACAAGAGCGUUUUAGCAACAAAAGAGUGCUAAGUAACGCGUUAAUAUAA